CCUCAAACUUGGAAACUAUUCAGCGGGAGCAACGGUACGUGAGACCACACAGUUGGCUGGAGCCCCUCUAUGACCAAAGGACAGAAGGACAAACAAGAUGUAUUGUGAGAGGUUUAUAUGUAUCCUGAGAAUACUUGGAACCACACUCUUCGGGGUGUCCCUUCUGCUGGGAAUCACCGCUGCUUACAUUGUGGGCUACCAGUUCAUCCAAACAGACAAUUACUACUUCUCCUUUGGACUCUAUGGUGCUAUCCUGGCAUCACAUCUCAUCAUCCAAAGCCUGUUUGCCUACCUAGAGCACAGGAAAAUGAAACGGUCGCUAGAGACUCCAAUCAAACUGAACAAAACAGUUGCCCUUUGUAUUGCUGCCUAUCAAGAAGAUCCUGACUACUUAAGAAAAUGUUUACUUUCUGUGAAAAGAUUGACCUACCCUGGAAUUAAAGUUGUUAUGGUCAUUGAUGGGAACUCAGAAGACGACGUUUACAUGAUGGACAUUUUCACUGAAAUCAUGGGUAGGGACAGUUGUGCCACUUACAUCUGGAGUAAUAACUUCCAUGACAAAGGUCCGGGUGAGACAGAAGAGUCUCACAGAGAGAGCAUGCAACACGUAUCUCAGCUGGUCCUGUCCAACAAAAGUGUUUGCAUCAUGCAGAAAUGGGGUGGAAAAAGAGAAGUAAUGUACACAGCAUUCAAAGCACUGGGGAGAAGUGUGGAUUAUGUACAGGUCUGUGAUUCAGAUACAAUGCUUGAUCCAGCCUCAUCAGUGGAGAUGGUAAAAGUUUUAGAAGAAGAUCCAAUGGUUGGAGGAGUUGGAGGUGAUGUACAGAUUUUGAACAAAUACGAUUCCUGGAUCUCCUUUCUGAGCAGUGUGAGAUACUGGAUGGCAUUUAACAUCGAAAGAGCCUGUCAGUCCUACUUUGGCUGUGUACAAUGCAUCAGUGGACCUCUGGGAAUGUACAGAAACUCUUUACUCCAUGAAUUUGUGGAAGAUUGGUACAAUCAGGAGUUUAUGGGCUCCCAGUGCAGCUUCGGAGAUGACAGGCAUCUAACUAACAGAGUGCUAAGUCUGGGCUAUGCAACAAAAUACACAGCUAGAUCCAAGUGCCUCACGGAAACACCGAUAGAGUAUCUCAGGUGGCUGAAUCAGCAGACCCGCUGGAGUAAAUCCUACUUUAGAGAGUGGCUCUAUAAUGCCAUGUGGUUCCACAAGCACCAUUUGUGGAUGACCUACGAAGCUGUAAUCACUGGAUUCUUUCCUUUCUUCCUUAUUGCCACAGUCAUCCAGCUCUUCUACAGGGGAAAAAUCUGGAACAUCCUCCUUUUCCUGUUGACAGUUCAGUUAGUUGGCCUGAUAAAGUCUUCCUUUGCCAGCUUCCUUAGGGGCAACAUUGUGAUGGUUUUCAUGUCACUCUACUCAGUGUUGUACAUGUCAAGUUUACUGCCAGCAAAGAUGUUUGCAAUUGCCACGAUAAACAAAGCAGGGUGGGGCACGUCAGGAAGGAAAACCAUUGUAGUUAAUUUUAUAGGACUCAUUCCAGUCUCCAUUUGGUUUACAAUCCUCCUAGGUGGCGUAAUUUUCACUAUUUACAAGGAAUCAAAAAAGCCAUUUUCUGAGUCAAAACAGACAGUUCUCAUCAUUGGCACAAUACUCUAUGCAUGUUACUGGGUUUUGCUUUUGACUUUGUACAUGGUUCUUAUCAACAAAUGUGGCAGGCGGAAGAAAGAGCAACAACACUACGACAUGGUGCUAGACGUAUGAUGCUCCCCUGGGGAGUCCCCAGAGCUGCAAAGCAACCCAACGACCUUGUAGUAUCUGUGGCAUCAGACAUAUGUUGCCAAGGGAAAUGGAUCACUGCUGCUGGGAAUAGGACACUUAUAUUCCUCUGGGUUCAUUUUCAUCCUGCCAAAGUAAAGAGAACAAAAAAAGAAAAAAAAAAGAAAAAAAGAAAAAAAAGAAAAAAAAAAUUUUUGUUUCCAAGGGGGAAGGACACAAACCACACAGUUACGACCUGUUCACAAGAAAAGGGGAGAACUUCUGUGUUUAUGCACUUUUUUAUUGUGCAUAUGCCUGACAGUGUUAUGUUCUAUAUACCUCACUGGUCAUGCUUAUGUGUGUGGACAGAAAGAAAGGGAGUUUGGAGAAUCAAGGAAAGGACUGUACAACCCCUUGCAACCUAAUUUAUGAACUUAUCUUUUUUUAUAGUUCUGUUUAUAGGAAGGGUCUUUUGUUUUAGGCUGCCAAAUGUAAUGCCAAAGGUAAAUUUUAAGAGGCCAUUGGCUGAGCUGUAUUUUUAUAUUAUUGUAUUAUUUGUGUGUGUGUAUUUUUAAGCCAACUUUUUUUUUAAAUCACAUAUUUUAUAUUUUACUAUCUGCCAAAAAAAAGCUGCCUCCCCAACAUUUUGUUCUUUAGCCUUU